GCGAUGUUAUGUUGAAGCAAGUAUGGUUCGGGAAAAGCUGGGAGAGCUAAACAAAGAAUCCUUCGUGAGCCUUGUGGCGAAGCUCAUCGGAGAGUCCAAGUAUGUGCAGAACAAUCCGCCGGAACUGAUCCCGGAGGAGGAUCGGAUCGUCCGGCAUGUUAUGGAUGCCCUGCUCCCUCACUCCACUAGCACUGGCGGCGGCCCCCUCAUCCUCAAUCACGUCACCUACAAACCCAACCGAGGGAAUCUCAUCGUGGAGUACCCUGGAACCCAACCCGGCAAGAUCCUUUCCUUUGUUGGCAUGCACAUGGAUGUCGUCACUGCUAAUCCACAAGAAUGGGAUUUCGACCCCUUCUCAUUGAGCAUUGAUGGAGACAAGCUUCGAGGGCGCGGAACUACUGAUUGUUUGGGGCAUGUUGCCCUUGUAACCGAGCUUAUGAGGACCCUUGGCCGAACUAAACCACUACUUAAAUCCACUGUUGUUGCUGUCUUCAUAGCCAGUGAAGAGAACUCUUCUAUUCCAGGUGUUGGUGUUGAUGCACUUGUCAAAGAUGGACUUCUUGAUAACUUGAAAACUGGACCUUUGUUUUGGAUCGACACAGCGGAUAAACAACCUUGCAUUGGUACUGGUGGUAUGAUACCAUGGAAGCUUCAUGUUACAGGGAAGCUUUUUCAUAGUGGUUUAGCACACAAGGCUAUUAAUCCUUUUGAGCUAGGAAUGGAGGCACUUAAAGAGAUCCAAACAAGGUUUUACAAAGAUUUUCCAUCACACCCUAAAGAACAAAUUUAUGGAUUUGCAACACCUUCAACUAUGAAACCAACUCAGUGGAGCUACCCUGGAGGCGGAAUCAAUCAAAUUCCUUAUGAUUGCACGCUUUCAGGUGAUGUCAGGCUCACCCCAUUUUACAACGUGGCAGAUGUAAUUAAGAAGUUAAAUGAAUACGUAGAAGAUUUAAACAAAAAUAUCGAGAAGAUUCCUACAAGGGGGCCAGUCUCAAAAUACAUUCUACCAGAUGAGGACCUUAGAGGGAGAAUGGAGAUUUCGUUUGAUGAAGCGUCAUCGGGAGUAGCAUGUAACCUGGAGUCCCGUGGCUACCAUGUGUUGUGCCAAGCUACUAAAGAUGCAGUUGGGCAUGUAAAACCCUACUCUAUAACCGGGACUCUGCCCCUUAUACGAGAACUACAAGAUGAAGGUUUUGAUGUUCAAACUGCAGGUUAUGGUUUGAUGGCUACAUACCAUGCAAAGAAUGAGUAUUGUCUUCUUUCUGAUAUGUGUCAAGGGUACCAAGUGUUUGCCGGUAUCAUCGCUCAGCUAGAAGAGUGAUUUGACUAUGUUUGAAUCCGGUUAAAAAUAAGAACAUGUCAUAAGUGGCGGUUGUGAUUUUUCAUUUGUGCAUUUCAGCUUUUAAUAACAGUUAUGACAUGUUUAGAGUUUGUUUGUGAUUUGCCUUGAGUUUCAUUUCGAACGAUAAUUUAAAUGUGUUCUUGAUUGCUCUUUAAUGUUAU